CAACGUCUGCCACGAGAUGCUGGCCCUGUUGGUGCUGGUGUGCAGUAUAUCGCUGUCUGGGUGUUUUUACCUAAGUAACAGCCUUUGCUUUGGAGUAUGCGACUGCUCCGCAAACUUUGAGUGCGCAGGAAAAAACCUUACAUCUAUUCCUACCUUUGAGCUACCCGCGUUCCUGCUCGCGAAAGACUACACUCAUCAACAUACGGUGUUAAACCUUAAUGAAAACCGCAUAACUUCGAUACGCUUUGGAGCAUUCAAAAAGUUGAGUGCAUUGCAAAUGCCUGUUUUGUAUAUUCAGUUGUCUUCGAACAAAAUAUCACAUGUCAAUAACGGUGCUUUUUUGGGUGUGGAAUUGCUUAGUGGAAUAGGAAUUGAUUUGUCGUUCAAUAAUAUUACCAGCGUUCCUCUUGAUUUGACAAGACUGAACAAUAUUAUCAGUCUGGAUUUGAGUAAUAAUCCGAUUCAAAGUAUUUCUGAUUCCGUAGUUGCCUCAAUAUUUACACACAACAACAACAUGCACUCAUUCACCGUUAGUUCCUAUGAACUUUUGAAAAAGGUCAUGUCACUGGAACGCACCAACGUGCAUUGGCUCACACUUGACGGAAUGACUAACAGACGCUUUGAACCAGGAUUUUUUCAGGCGCGUAGGUCGUGGUUUUUAAAAUAUUUAACUAUCAAACACUCUCAGUUUGAGGAUAUAUCUGAAGUCCUAUGUAAUCUGGAAUUAGAAUCACUGAAAAUCAUCGGAUGUCCAAAUGUCGGGGAUACGACAUUACAGGGAUGCCAGGUCUUGACCGUCAAAACUCUAGAAAUAUCUGAUGGUAAUCUAACAAACGCUUGGGACCCAUCCGCCCUUUAUUAUUCCCCGAUAGUGGACCUGACUGUGUCUGGAACCUUUGAUAGAGUUCCAACAUCAAUACUGGGACACUGGCCAAAGCUACAAAGUCUUUCCAUCGGCAACAAGAUAAGACGCAUCGAGAAAUACGAUUUGGAACAAUUUCAUGAUCUAGCGAGUUUGCGUCUUGACUCCAAUCCUCUGGCUUUCGUUGAUGACCGUGUUUUUGAAAACAAUACUCACUUGUCUACCGUCUACUUACCCUACAGUAAAGACAGCCAUCUCACUAGAAUUCCCACGAGCCUCUUAAAUUUGACAGGCAUGAAUGUCGUAUCUUUGCCAAACAUGGUAUGUUCCUGUGAAACUAUGGACUAUAUGAAAGGCUGGCAUGACCGUCCAUGGGUUAUACUUGGAGCGGACUGCUCUAAUAUUGACGGCAUUCGAAUCCCGGACUACAUCGACACAAAGCUGCCAUUGUGUACAUAACUCUUUUUCUAUAUCAUAACUUUAUUAAAGCAGCAUUUGGCAGAAGCACACUAUUAAUUAAAAUGAACUGAUGUAGCCAAAUAUCUUGAUAACAAAAUUAAUAUGGGGAUUACAAUGCUAUGAUUACUUUACAAACAUUACUCAUCAGAAUGUGGGAGGAAAUGCAGAAAACCUAGUUUUCUCGUAGCAUAUCUUUUUAAUCACCAGUAUAAACUAUAAUAUAUU